AUGGGUCGCGUGAUCCGCAACCAGAGGAAGGGUCGUGGAUCCGUUUUCACGGCCCACACCCGUCUCAACAAGGCGCCAGCCCAGUUCCGCACCCUCGACUACGCUGAGCGACAUGGAUACAUCCGAGGUGUGGUGAAGGAGAUUGUUCACGAUCCCGGCCGUGGUGCUCCUCUGGCCAAGGUCACCUUCCGUCACCCGUACCGGUACAAGCAUGUCACCGAGACCUUCAUUGCCAACGAGGGCAUGUACACUGGGCAGUUCAUCUACGCCGGAAAGAAUGCCUCUCUGACCGUCGGCAACAUUCUGCCUCUGGGCUCUGUCCCCGAGGGUACGGUCGUCACCAACGUCGAGGAGAAGGUCGGUGACCGUGGUGCGCUGGGUCGUACUUCCGGCAACUACGUUACCGUCAUCGGCCACAACCCUGAGGAAGGCAAGACUCGUAUCAAGCUUCCCAGCGGUGCGAAGAAGGUUGUGAAGAGCGAGGCGCGAGGCAUGGUUGGCAUUGUCGCUGGUGGUGGUCGUACCGACAAGCCUCUGCUGAAGGCUUCUCGUGCCAAGCACAAGUUCGCUGUCAAGCGCAACUGCUGGCCCAAGACUCGUGGUGUUGCUAUGAACCCUGUUGAUCACCCUCACGGUGGUGGUAACCACCAGCACAUUGGUAAAGCCUCGACUAUUUCCCGUUACGCUGCCCACGGUCAGAAAGCCGGUCUUAUUGCUGCCCGGAGAACUGGUCUGCUCCGUGGUACCCAGAAGACGAAGGAAUAA